CGACGAGAGAGGAUGGCGGACCCCGCGGAGACGUGCCCUGAAUCCGGACGCAGGCUGCGCUCCAUCUGCCGGAGGAUGUAUGAUGAGAACGAGGACCCGUCCGAUGUGGAGGAGAUCACCAACAUCCGAGGGUUCAGCGUGGAGGAGAAGCUUGUCAGUGACAGAUACAGCGCGAACUUCGUCCACUUGAUGGAGGGAAAAGACUUCACUUAUGAAUAUGUGCAAAGGGAGGCUCUCAGGAUCCCGCUCAUUUUCAAAGAGAAAGAUGGACUUGGCAUCAGAAUGCCCGAUCCAGAAUUUACAGUCAGUGAAAUCAAAGGUCUAGUUGGGAGUCGUCGGUCUGUGGAUGUCAUGGACGUGAGCACUCAGAAAGGCUCUGAAAUGACCAUGGCUCAGUUUGUCCGAUAUUACGAGACACCAGAGGAAGAGCGGGAGAAACUCUUCAAUGUCAUCAGCCUCGAAUUCAGCCACACCAAGCUGGAGAACCUCAUCAAGCGGCCCACGGUGGUGGAUCAAGUGGACUGGGUGGACAACAUGUGGCCUCCGGAUCUGAAACACAGCCAAACAGAGGCCACCAAUGUCAUCUCUGAGAUGAAGUACCCUAAAGUGCAAAGGUACUGUUUGAUGAGUGUGAAGGGCUGCUACACAGAUUUCCACAUCGACUUCGGGGGCACUUCGGUUUGGUAUCAUCUUUUCAAGGGACAGAAAGUGUUCUGGCUGGUGCCUCCCACGCUUCAUAACCUUGCCCUGUUCGAGGACUGGGUCCUGUCUGGCAAGCAGAGCGAUAUCUUCCUGGGAGACCGAGCGGACGGAUGCCAGAGAGUGGAGCUUAAGCAAGGAUACACCUUCUUCAUCCCUUCUGGGUGGAUUCAUGCUGUCUACACUCCUGAGGACACACUGGUGUUCGGAGGCAACAUUCUGCACAGCUUCAACAUCCCUAUGCAGCUUACCAUCCAUGAGAUAGAGAAUAGGACCAAGGUUCAUUCCAAAUUCCGUUUCCCCUUCUACUACGAGAUAUGCUGGUACGUCCUGGAGAGAUACCUGCACUGCCUGACCAAGCGCUCCUACCUCUCUCUGGAGGUCCGCAAAGAGCCUGCGCUGAUGGACUACGAGACGAAGGCGAACACAGAGAGCCCGUCCUCCGACUCGAGGAGCCAGGACAUGAACGAGGACUCGUGCGAGACUCAAGCUCGGGAGGACCAGGUUGAGAAAGCAGACAGGGCCGCCCUCGAUGGCCCCUGCUCUCCUGACCACGGGAGGGGCCAACACCUCAAAGCUGUUUUAUCGAUUGACUCCGAGGACAGCUGUAAUCCGGGCUCCACUUCUCUAGAUUGCCCCAAAACCCCCUCGGACUCUCCGGCGUCCGAGUCUCAGAAUAAAUGGACUCAUUUGACAGAGUUUGAACUGAGCGGACUGAGGAAGCUGGUUGAGAAGCUGGAGUCACUGCCCGAAAACAAGAAGUGUGUCCCAGAGGGAAUAGAGAACCCACAAGCCCUGCUGGAUGACAUAAAGCUUGUUUUAAAAGAACAUGCUGAUGAUGACCCGAAGUUAGCGAUCACUGGACUUCCUGUGGUUUUGUGGCCUAAGAAAACCGUAAAGCCCCGGCCCCCCAAUCGGCCGAAACCCAAGAUGGCAGCCUCCCCUGCCUCUGCAGUCAAGCUGUCAGCCAGUCGGGGAACAUCUGGUGCCAGGAGAAGACGGACCCGCUGUCGGAAGUGUGAGGCGUGCCUGCGGACGGAGUGUGGGGAGUGUCACUUCUGUAAAGACAUGAAGAAGUUUGGUGGACCGGGACGCAUGAAGCAGUCCUGCAUCAUGAGGCAGUGCAUCGCACCUGUCCUUCCCCACACAGCAGUGUGUCUGGUGUGUGGAGAGGCAGGGAAGGAGGACACUGUGGAGGACGAGGAAGAAAAGUUCAACCUCAUGCUCAUGGAGUGCUCCAUCUGUAAUGAGAUCGUUCAUCCCAACUGUCUCAAGGUGAAAGAUUCUAACGGAGUCGUCAAUGACGAGUUGCCAAACUGCUGGGAGUGUCCAAAGUGCAACCAUGCGGGGAAAACAGGGAAAGCCUCAAAGCAAAAAAGGGGGCCAGGGUUCAAGUACGCAUCAAACCUUCCCGGCUCGCUGCUUAAAGAAACACGGUUAAUCCGGGAUUCAAAGGAGGAGCCCGACUCUCCCCUGGUGGCUACCGCAACGGUUACUACUCUGACGACCACGUCUGCUGUGAAGAGGAAGGCAGAGCGGGAAGACGUCCUCAAGAGGAACGACGAAGAGCCCCCGAAAAAACGGCCCCCUUUGUUGUCUCUGGAUGGUACGCCCCGACCAAGGCUGGAGGACAACCCACUAAGGAAAAAGAGGAAACUUUUCGACACCAAUGAUGAACCUGUGAUUGUAAAAAAGAAGAAGAAACUUUUGAAACCGGAUGAUCCUCUGACUCAGAAGCUCCUGCGUCAAAUCAAGACUGAGAGGGUUCAUGGUGAUGAAGAAUAUGACCAGGACGAUCGUGAAGGAGAUGGAUUCUGCUUGGACAGGAUUUAUCGAAAGGAGAAAAACGAGUACGGUGACGAGGACCAAGAGGAAGAUGAGUUGGAAGAGGAGAAGCUUAAGAAAGAGAGAGACGGUAGAGAGAACAAAGCCAAGGUCAUGUUAAAUCCACUGCUGAGAACAUCUGCAGUCAGGGAAAGUGACCACUCCUCCUCCAACUCUCCCAGAGCUGGACCAAGCAGCGAAUCAGGAGAAGCUCAGGAGAAGAGCUCCACUCAGAUUAAAUCUCGCCAUCAGCGCCGGCGGCUUCCCAACAAAGAGUUGAGCAAAGAGUUCAACCAGGAGGUUCUCCAGACUGAAGACCGCCUGAGCAACCAGAACCACGGUUCAGUGAAGUCAGAGGACAGUCCAGCCAAUCACAAUCGUCGACCAGUGAAGAAUGAGGAUUCUUUGUCCAAUCAGAACCGUAAACCACUAAAAACAGAGGACUCGACCACUAACCAGAGCCGCAGGGCCCUGAAAAUGGAGGAGGGUGUGGUCAGUCAAAACAGACGGCCACUGAAAGCGGAGGACGGCUUGACCAAUCAAAACCACAGGCCGAUCAAAUCUGAGCCCGAGAACGAAGCAGACGACCAGAAGCCUCGAUGGCCUCUCAACAACGGCAGCGGCGACCUGGGUGACUGGCUGCGGCAUCGGGGGCGGGAGGUGAACGGGACGCCACGUGGCCACUCGCCCCUCGGCUGGAACAGGAGCGCACCCAUCACGCCCAUGUGCCCCCGACCACUCCCCUGCAGGUCGCCGCCCAAAUGCGUUCAAAUGGAGCGCCACGUGAUCCGCCCUCCUCCCAUCAGCCCCCCACCUGACCGGCUGCCGCUGAGCGACGGCGAAGCCCACGUGAUGCGACGGGAGGUGUGGAUGACGGUGUUCGGUCACCUGACCCACAGAGACCUCUGCGUGUGCAUGCGCGUCUGCCAGACCUGGAACAGAUGGUGCUGUGACAAGCGGCUCUGGAAGCGCAUCAAUCUGAACCGAUGUAAGUCCAUCACACCUCUCAUGCUGAGCGGCCUCAUCCGGAGACAGCCAGUCGCUCUGGACCUCAGCUGGACCAACAUCUCCAAGAAGCAGCUCAGCUGGCUGAUCAACAGGCUGCCAGGUCUGCGUGUGCUGCUGCUGUCAGGAUGCUCCUGGGUGGCCGUCUCUGCUCUCUGCACCUCCAGCUGUCCUCUCCUGCGAACUCUGGAUGUCCAGUGGGUUGAGGGACUGAAAGACGCCCAGAUGAGGGACCUGCUGUCACCUCCCACUGAUAACAGGCCAGGUCAGUUGGACAACAGGAGUAAGCUCCGGAACGUGGAGGACCUGCGUCUGGCUGGGUUGGACGUCACGGACACAUCCCUGCGCCUCAUCAUCCGUUACAUGCCCUCGUUAUCCAAGCUGGAUCUCAGCUACUGCAACCACGUGACGGACCAGUCGGUCAACACGCUGACGGCUGCAGGGACGACCACCAGGGACUCGCUCACCGACAUCAACCUGUCGGUCUGCAACAGGGUCACAGACCAGUCGCUGACCUAUUUCAAGCGCUGCGGGAGCAUAUGUCACAUCGACCUGCGGUACUGCAAACAGGUGACCAAGGAAGGGUGCGACCAGUUCGUCGCGGAAAUGUCCGUCAGCGUGCAGUUCCAGCUGAUCGAGGAGAAACUGCUUCAGAAGAUCAGCUAGACAGAGGGACGCCGGAGGCACUUUGACAUUUACCAAGUGGUGGAGCUACUGUCCACAUGGAGGCAGCAGACGACCGCGGCGCCGAGCGGCAUCUGCAGACUACUGAGCAGACAGGGGGGGGGGAGCUGUCUCUUCCUGUGCAGCCUGAUGUUAAAGGGAAGCUGUGCUGCUAAGCCCGAAUGUAAAAAAAAAAAAAAAAGGAUUAUGGAAAUUUCGUCCAGUGAAGGCAAUAUUGCAAAAAUGUUUCUUUUUUUGUUGUUGUUUGCACCUUGUUUAUACGUUAUUUAUUCCUUUGUAUUGAUGUAUCAUGAUUAUCCUUUGGGUGUUCAUAGACUAUUUUUUUGGUUCCAAUGCAAAGUUGACUGCAUUAUAGAGUACUAUUUUUGUAUCAGAAAGUGUUUCCUACAUUUAUGUGCAGUAUUGAAUGCACCAGUGUACAGUAUCGCUCCAUGGGGGGUGAUAAUCGUUCGGCGUUACUGUUAAGCUCUUGUUGUCGAGAGGCAUUUUCUUGCCAAGCCGUAGGACGGUAGCUUGUGUUUGUGCGGGCGUGUUUUUAUAUUUUAUUAUAUACGUGUCAGUGCCCUGGUUUCUGAUUGGACAAAGGCACUGUACAUUUUGUUUUUCAUAAGACGUACAUACGUUGCUAUGUCCUCGUGGGAGAGAAGUUUAAAAAAAAAAGAUAAGCAUUUGCACUGAUACAGUUAAUAUGAAUGUGUAUAAAGCCUAUUUUUCCAACACUCAAGCGUUCUGCUAAUUCUACUAACAGCUUCUAGUUACUGGGUUAUACUGACACACGCCUCUAUACAAAGGUGUCUGUCGACCAUCACUGACAGGAAGCGCUUUAAAGGCUGCAUGCAGAGAAGAGACGUUUACAACACAGUAGAUUUAGUCACCGAUAAAUAUUAUAACCGUCUGUCUACACCUUAUCCUUAGCUGAACUCCACGUGAUAAAAAAAAAAAAAAAUGAGACUAAUGAAGAGGAAGCAGAGUCCAGGAGGAGGAAAUUAAAUUCACACGAAUCUUUUAGAUGAGGCGCUGGAACUCAGGUGUAAUCAGUCAAACAGACAAGACACCAAAUGAUAAAGGAAAAUUAAUCUCAACUUAUACUGUAUAUCCCAAAGUUCUCCUGACCCCAGAUAUUUGGUUAGUUUAGUUUUGCAUUCUGUUUCUAAAGGCGAGGGGUGACCAUGUCUUUAAUUUAGAUUAUAUCAAAACAAUAUUAGUAUCAAUUUAAAAAAUCAAGGCUUCAGCAAUUCACUUAUUUAAAUUCAGAUUUUACAGACCCCACAAGUCCAUUCAUCCAAAAUUGUAUUAGACAAUUUGUCGAUCAUUUGAAAGAUCUGCAGACGUGUAUUUUGUUUGUUCUUUAUUCUCACUCACACAUUCCAGUGACAUACAUUUAUUUUUUCUUUAAAAAUUGUUUCUUGAAAGUUUUAUUUUUUUAGUACUUAUUUGUGUUUAAAAGAAAAAAACAUCACAACCUAUGGCAUCAUUUCAUUGUUCUUACUCUGUGCCUGUAUUCAUCGUCAUAAUAUUCAACUUGAUACACACAUUUUUUCUUAAUGGAACUUAUACAUUUCUAAAAAGGCUACACAGUAAUGAUUCGAUGGGUUUGCGUUUGGUGUAGCUGUUGAACAGAGGUUUACAUUUAAAUAUUUGUUUUUAUUAAAGAACCACGUCUCAUUGGAAGAUUUUACUACGUUAAUGUAAAUGUUCUGUGUACAUAAUGUACAUGUAAAGCCUCUAAAGUUGACCUUUGAGAUAUUAAAUCCGUUUAAACUAC